AAAACAAUACUAGGAGCAGUUCUUACAGAGUGACUUCUCUAUCUGUGCCGAUGCUGUGUAUUCUCCUGCUGACUACAAUCACAGUGUUGUUGAUUAAAUUUAACAACCUCCUAAUAGAUAUAGGCCAGUUACAGAAGAGUUACAACAACCUGACUGAAGCAAGAGACCAAUUACAGAUAAGGUAUAACAUCCUAACUACAGAGAGAGACUGGGUACAGACAAGGCACAACAACCUGACUAUAGAGAGAGACCAGUUACAGACAAGGUACAACAUUCUGACUAAUGAGAGAGACCAGUUGCAGACAAGGUACACCAUCCUGACUACUGAGAGAGACCAUUUACAGACUAGAUACAACAACCUGACUGUAGAAAGAGACCGGUUACAGACAAGGCACAACACCCUAACUACAGAGACAAAUCAGUUACAGACUAGAUACAACAAUCUGACUGUAGAGAGAGACCAGUUACAUACUACUUACAACAACCUGAUUAUGGUAAGAGAUCAGUUACAGACCAGUUACAACAACCUGACUGUAGAGAGAGAUGAAAUACAGACCAGUUACAAUGGCCUAAUUACAGAAAGAGACCAGUUGCAGACCAGUUACAACAACCUAACAAGAAUGAGAGACCAUUUACAGACAAUUUUCAACAACCUGAUUGUAAUAAGAGACCAGUUACAGACCAGUUACAGCAACCUGACAAUAGAGAAAGACCAGUUACAGACCAGUUACAACAACCUGACAAUCGAGAGAGACCAGUUACAGACCAGUUACAACAACCUGACUGUAGAGAGAGACCAGUUACAGACCAGUUACAACAACCUGACCAUAGAGAGAGACCAGUUACAGACCAGUUACAGCAACCUGAUAAUAGAGAAAGACCAGUUACAGACCAGUUACAACAACCUAACAAUCGAGAGAGACCAGUUACAGACCAGUUACAACAACCUGACUGUAGAGAGAGACCAGUUACAGACCAGAUACAACAACCUGACUGUAGAGAGAGACCAGUUACAGACCAGUUACAACAACCUAACAAUAGAGAGAGACCAGUUACAGACCAGUUACAACAACCUAACUAUAAAGAGAGACCAGUUACAGACCAAUUACUACAACCUGACCAUAGAGAGAAACCAGGUAGAGACCAAUUGCAACAACCUGAUUAUAGAGAGAGACCAGUUACAGACCAAUUACAACAACCUAACAAUCGAGAGAGACCAGUUACAGACCAGUUACAACAACCUGACUGUAGAGAGAGACCAGUUACAGACCAGAUACAACAACCUGACUGUAGAGAGAGACCAGUUACAGACCAGUUACCACAACCUAAUAAUAGAGAGAGACCAGUUACAGACCAGUUACAACAACCUAACAAUCGAGAGAGACCAGUUACAGACCAAUUACUACAACCUGACCAUAGAGAGAAACCAGGUAGAGACCAGUUACAACAACCUGACUGUAGAGAGAGACCAGUUACAGAAGGAUAGAGAAGAACUCCUGAGGCUUUCUAAACUGGGAUGGAUGUAUUUCAACUCCAGUAUUUACUACAUCUCUAAUGAGGAGAAGAACCAGACUGAGAGCAGAAUGGACUGCAGACAAAGAGAUGCAGAGCUGGUGAUCAUAAACAAUAAAGAGGAACAGGAGUUUGUCAGAAAAUUGCUCCGCAGCAGAAAAGCCUGGAUUGGUCUAAAUGACAGAGACUCUGAGGGAGUGUGGAAGUGGUUGGAUGAUACACCACUGAUCACUGGGUAUUGGGGACAUGGUGAACCGAACAGUAAAGCAGGUGAUGAGGACUGUGUUAUCACAGGUGAAAUGUCUGAUAUCGUCUGGAACUGGGCUGAUUAUCCCUGUGAUUAUGAGUUUUUUUGGAUAUGCGAGAGGGAUCUAUGCCUGAAAGAUCCUCAUUAUUGUUAAUUAUUUAACACUUACUUUGAUGUCACCACUUAUUAUUUUUGAAUCUUUUAUUCAUUUUGGUUUGUUUAGGAAAU